AUGGCGACAGGCCGGGCCGCGCCGCCCUUACCCCUCUGCUGCCGCCGCUACGGUCGCCCGGAAAGAGGAGCGGGACGCGCUUCCGCUUCCCCAAGCGGCCGCCGGGCUCUCGCGAGAUCCUGCGCGAGGAGCUGGGGCGACCCGCGCCCCCUGGCGGCCGGCGGCCACAGGCGCAGCGGGGCGGGCGCUCGCCUGGUGCCCGUCAGGGCGGGCGGCGCCGGCGGGCCUGUGGGCGCGGCCCCCCCCCCCUCACCGCGCCCGAAGUCAGAGCUGUUUAGCGGCAGCCGCUUCUCUCCACAUCCAGCCCCUCCGCGAACGUGCAGGAACACAGAAGUAAGAAACCUUCAGCACCAUCCUGUCACUUCUGGAAAUCUGAGUUCCAACCUGCGCUUGAGGGCCAUUGGAAGCGGGCAGAUCUCUCCCUUCAUGAAGAUGUUGUACAGCAGGCACCAACGGAUGUCUUUCUCGGAAAACCACAAAUACUUCUGUCAAAAUACUGACUUGAAAGAGCAAGUCAGGAAAAGCAGAAAGUCAGGAAUACGGAUGAACACCUACAAUCGAUGGUUUUUCUUCCACUAUGGCUUGAAAUUAUUGUUGUUUGCACUGAUGUUUAAAAGCAUAACUAAGCUCAUUUAUCUUCUCAAAAGUGUUUGAAAAUAAAAGUGAAAUCUAAUGAGACAUGUAUGCACGGGGCAGGACUGCUAUAACAGUAACUACCUUGCUUUCACAUUUGGAGAUGAAGAGCAGAUUCUUCUGUAAACACAUGAUGCAGCAUCA